AAACCUCAAGAAAGCCGCUCAAUCAGCUGCCAUCGCUGCGACGGGUGAAACGGCCAACCUCAACUUGUCCGCGAAACCCAACAGACAAGCGGCCUUCGGCCAUUAGCAUUCCACACCCCUACCCUGCCGGGCGGAGAUCUUAACAUGCUGUCACGAACUGCGGCGCCGGCCAAGGCGUCGGCAAGGACAAUUUCGAGCGCUGUUUCGAGUGCCAGCGCGACAAGCCAACAAUGCCGUUCCUUCGCUACGGUCCAGGACGCCAACGCCGCCACGGUGCGCACCUACGGCGGCCUGAAGGACCAGGACCGCAUCUUCCAGAAUCUUUAUGGCCGCUACCCGCCAGACCUCAAGCACGCUAAGAAGAUGGGUGACUGGCACAAAACCAAGGAGAUCAUUCUCAAGGGCCACGACUGGAUCAUCGGCGAGAUUAAGGCGUCUGGCCUGCGCGGGCGCGGUGGUGCCGGUUUCCCCUCGGGGUUGAAAUGGUCGUUCAUGAACUUCAAAGAUUGGGACAAGGACAACAAGCCGAGAUACCUCGUGGUCAAUGCCGACGAGGGUGAGCCGGGCACCUGCAAGGACCGCGAAAUUAUGCGCAAGGACCCCCACAAGCUGGUCGAGGGCUGCUUGGUUGCUGGUCGCGCCAUGAACGCCACGGCUGCCUACAUCUACAUUCGCGGCGAGUUCAUCCAGGAAGCCGCUGUUCUACAAAAUGCCAUCAACGAGGCGUACGCUGAGGGCUUGAUCGGCAAGAACGCCUGCGGCUCGGGCUACGACUUCGACGUCUACGUCCACCGCGGUGGCGGUGCCUACGUUUGCGGCGAGGAAACCAGUUUGAUCGAGUCGCUCGAGGGCAAACCGGGAAAGCCGCGUCUCAAGCCUCCCUUCCCCGCAGCCGUCGGCCUGUUCGGCUGCCCCUCCACCGUCGCCAACGUCGAGACUGUCGCCGUGGCCCCGACGAUUUGCCGUCGCGGCGGCAGCUGGUUUGCGAGCUUUGGCCGCGAGCGCAAUCAGGGCACCAAGCUCUUUUGCAUCAGCGGGCACGUCAACAACCCGGUCACGGUCGAGGAGGAGAUGAGCAUUCCGUUGCGGGAGCUGAUCGACAAGCACUGCGGCGGCGUCCGCGGCGGCUGGGAUAACCUGCUGGCCGUCAUCCCCGGCGGCUCGUCGACGCCCAUCCUGCCUAAGCACAUCUGCGACGACCAGCUGAUGGACUUUGACGCGCUCAAGGACAGCCAGUCUGGUCUGGGUACCGCCGCCGUCAUCGUAAUGGACAAGAGCACCGACGUGGUGCGCGCCAUCUCCCGCCUCAGCCACUUCUACCGGCACGAGUCGUGCGGCCAGUGCACGCCCUGCCGCGAGGGCAGCAAGUGGACCGAGCAGAUCAUGCAGCGCUUCGAGAAGGGCAUGGGCCGGGAGCGCGAGAUUGACAUGCUGCAGGAGCUGACCAAGCAGGUUGAGGGCCAUACCAUUUGCGCCCUUGGCGAAGCCUUCGCCUGGCCCAUCCAGGGUCUGAUCCGCCACUUCCGCCCCGAGCUGGAGGCGCGCAUGCAAAAGUUCGCCCAGGAGAACGGCGGUGACGCGUUGGCUGGCGGUUGGAAUCACGAUGCGAGGGUGCAGGGCAAGCUGGUGUCUCCGGGCAUGUAAAUUAUCUGGUGAGUAGUCCUGGGUUGCUGGUUAGAGGGGAGAGGGUUGAUUCAUGUACAUUGUACAUAGGCCUACUUCGCAGUAGAUUGCCUGCGGGCUGUGCUUGUUUGCUUUGUUCGAUUUGUCAAAGAAGCGCGAGAUUCUGU